AUGUAUCUACACUACGUUUGGAUGGCGCCACUCCAAGGUAUCCUCAUCGUCUACAUUAUUUACACUCACGUUGGUCUCAUUGUAAUUUCCGGUGUUUCGUUCUUUUUCCUCUUUAUUACAUUACAAGGAUUUUUGGCUAAAUUGACAUCACGCUUAUGGCUGAAAGCAUCAUUGAAAAGUGACGAGAGACUCGAAUUAAUAAAACACAUUAUCCGUUCUAUUCAAACUAUCAAAAUCAACAAUAACAACAACAACAAAGAAAACAACAGUAAUAAUGAUGACAGUGAUUACAAUUAUAAUAAUUGUAAUUGUGGCAAUUGUAAUUAUAAUAAUAAUGAUGAUGACAAUAACAAUAAUAUUGUCACCAAUUUGACUGAGUGUCAAAAAAUAAGAAUAGCACUGGCAAGAAUGAUUUAUUUCGACGCUGAUAUUUAUCUUCUGGACGAUAUAUUUCCAAUAAUUAAUAAAGAAAUUCGUCAUAUUCUAUUCAAUGAAGUUUUGUCGAAAUUUCUGCAAAAUAAAACAAGAAUUUUGAUCACUAAUGAUCGAAAUCAUUUGGAGUAUGUCGAUAUAAUUUAUCAUCUCGCUGAAGGGAAAAUACUAAAUCAUGGUAAUUAUAAACAAUUACAUGAUACAUUGGAGAAAAUUAAUUUACCAGCAACAGUAAAUGAUAAUUUUAAAGAAACAUCAUUGAUUGAAAAUAUGGAAAAUAUCAUUCGAAAAUGUGAGAAAACAAAAAGAAAAAUUUCAAAUCAGAUACCAGGGGAAAAAAUAAAAUUUCAAUUAUUGGAAAUAUUGAAAUUAUUAAAUUGGUGGUCAAUUGGAUUUUUGUUUAUUCUAUUUUUCACGAGUCAAAUUGCAAUAAGUGCUGGAAAUUAUUUUAUUGUCUAUUCGUCGACUGAUGAGGGGAUAUGUCAUGAUGAAUUUGAUAGUGAAAUUAUUGUUGACGAUAGAGUGAGUUAUUCGAGAAUUUGCAUGGAGAAUAAUAAUUGGAUAUAUAUUUCCACUUUUAGUGGAUUGAUGACAAUUGGAAUUAUUGUGACACUGGUGAAAAUUUUAUUAUUUGCAAAUAUUUGGAAAAAUAUUUCUGAAAAAUUGCAAAACAAUAUGUUGAGAUCAAUGGUGAAGGGAGGAAUGAAAUUUUUCUAUGAGAAUACAUUGGAGAAUAUUUUAAAAAGGUUCUCCAAGGACGUGAAAAUAAUGGAUAAAAAUCUUCCACAAACAGUGCACGAUAUUUUUUUCAUGUUUUUUGUGCUGCUGUCAUUGAUUAGUCUAACAAUGCUUGUCAAUUAUUGGCUGAUGAUACCAAUCAUAAUUAGUGGACUUUUGCUGUAUUUUUUAACAACGAUGUACAUUAAAGCUAGCUCAACACUGCAUCAACUAAACACUUCAACAGAAUUAUCUCUUCAGCAAACAGUAAAGGACACUCUCAACGGACUAUCAUCAAUCCAAUCCCUAAAAGCCGAACAAUUUCUCAUACAAUUAUUUCAUAAUCAUCAGAAUAAGGGAACAAAAUUUGACACACUUUUAAGUCAAAUGUCCCACUGUUACUGCUACUACAUCGACAUUAUUUUCAUCCUUUAUCUUACAAUUAUGAUCUCCAUUUUUAUUCUCACCAAAGCAAGUACAACAAUCAGUGACAUUGGUUUUAUUCUCACUCAAACAUUAUCAAUAGUCGCCAUUCUUAAAUUGGGUCUCUAUCAAUUAACACAAUUUCCUAAUGAAAUAUCAUCAAUUUCACGUAUUAUCGAUUACAGUAAAAAUAUCAUAUCAGAAAAAUCAAUAAAGAAAAUCCCCACCAAAGAAGAUGAAAAAUCAAAUUUUCCCCAAAUGGGAAAAAUACAAUUUUUAAAUGUUAAAUUUCGCUAUACAAUGAAUCAUCCAAUUAUAUUGAAUAAUGCCAAUUUUAUUAUUAAUCCAGGUGAGAAAAUUGGAAUAGUUGGUAAUUGUCCAAGUGAUAAAUAUUCAUUGAUUGCAGCAUUAUUUCGUCUCGGUGAAAUUGAGGGUGAAAUUUUUAUUGAUAAUUCACCGACAAGUGAAAUUAAAUUAGAAAAAUUACGUUCAAAAAUCAGUAUUAUUCAAUUGGAGGAGGAAAAUUUUAUUUUAGGAACAUUACGUGAUAAUAUCGAUCCAAAUGGAGAAUAUUCAAACAAUGAUAUUUUACAGGCAUUAAAUACAGUUGGAUUAUAUAUUAAUGGAUUAGAGACAAAAAUUGUGACAAUUAAUGGCAGAAAUUUUAAUCAUCAACGAAGACUAUUGAUAUCAUUGGCACGGGCAUUUAUUAGAAGAAAUAAAAUUUUAAUUAUCAAUGAUGAAAUAAUAAUUAAUCCACUAUUUCAAAGGAUAUUUGAAAAAUUUACCAAAAGUACAAUUAUCAUUGUUGUUAAUAGUUUAAAUACUUUGAUGAAUUGUGAUAAAAUUAUUGUUCUCAAUAAUGGAGAAACCGUGGACUUUGGUCAUCCUAUAGAAUUAGUUAAAACUAAUGAUAGAUUUUUUUCUAAUAUUAUGGAAAAAUUUGUGUCAAUGUAAAUAUACAUAUUCACAUGUAUAAAUAAAA